ACAUAGAUACCAAGCAUUUUUGUUUCCUCGAAUAUCUGGUUCUCUUCUCUACUUCUUUUGGAUGAGAAAAUCUGGAAAUUGUACUUCCCAGCUAGCUACAGUACUCGACUCAAUAAUGAAAAGCAGUGGGUCUCAAAUGCCCUCGCAUUCCGGCGGUUUAUCCAAGGAGCAGGAGCACGCUAUCAUUGUCUCCGCCCUGUUACGGGUAGUCCGCGGUGGCACCACCCAGCCACCGCCGCCGCAGCUCCAUUAUGCCUCAUCAUCACUUCCUCCGACGGGUGGCACCGGCACCGAUCAAGUCGUGAUACCAUUUUCGGAUUGUGACACGUGUCAGGCAUGUAAUAUGAAGAUGGACGAUUGCCUCGGCUGUGGUUUGUUCCCGCCAAGCGAGCAAGACAAAGGGAAAGGGAAAAAGAUGAAGACGAGCAAGUCCAGGGGAGUGCGGCAGAGAUCGGGGGGAAAAUGGGCGGCGGAGAUUCGUGACCCGCGUCGCACGGUUCGGGUUUGGCUCGGGACGUUCCAGACGGAGGAGGAGGCAGCCAGGGCUUAUGACACGGCGGCGAUCGAGUUCCGAGGAGAGAGAGCCAAGCUCAACUUCCCACUAAGCAGUGAAGCUGGUACUACUAGUGCAGCAUUGACUACGCAAAGCAUGGAGACUGGUGAGGUCAAUCAAGUCGACGCGAGUUCUGUGAAGUCAGCGAAGCACGAAGAGGGACAGAGUAGUGAUGUUAAGGACGAAGACAUCCAUCGCUUCAUCUGGGAAAUGCUUAAAGAUGACGAUGAAGAUUUAACUUUAAGCAUAUGGGCAGUGGCGGAACAUGAAAGUUAUUUUUGGAGGGGAUGAAAAAUAAUAAUAAUAUCUUUAUUGUUUUUCUAGAAAUGUAUAUAUUAAAAUCUGUAUUAAUAUUUGAAAAAUGCUUUUUUUUUUUUUUUUUUUUAACCCCACCCCACUCCCACCCUUGAUGGGACUCGAACUCUUGACCUCUCAUAUGAGAGACCAAAGUCUUACCACCCCACCAAACACACACACCCAUUUGAAAAAUGCUUGAGAUUCUAAAUUUUUAUACAAAAUUUAGAUCUCAAAUGAUGUAGCGGCAGUCAUGUCAGUGUUUGGCCUUAAAUUAAUGAAGUGGAAUUUAUCUUUUUUUU